AUGCUCACCACACCUAUACUCUACUGUGACAACCUCUCAGCUGUUUAUCUCAUUGCUAAUCUGGUUUAUCAUAAACGUUUCAAGCAUUUUGAAACACAUCAUCAUUAUGUGAGGGAACGAAUAGCACUUAGUUUGCUAGAGGUUAAACACAUUCCGUUUGAGCUGCAAAUCGCCGAUAUCUUCACCAAAUCUUUGCCGGCGGCUACGUUUGAGUCUUUGCGGUUCAAACUUGGUGUAGAUGUUCUACCCACGCCAAGUUUGAGAGGGGGUAAUAAUAUAGCCAUAUUUGACAUAAGGGAGAAGCAACUUCAAGUUGAUAGAACAACUGCAAAAGAUGUUGUUCAAGCCCAAAGACAAACCGGAGAACAAGCACAGUUAGUGGUUGGUUCAUCACAGAGAUUCACAGAAUUGAUUUGCUUUGCCCUUCAAGAAUCACCGAGAGCGAUCUCUAAGACGAAUCUGUCGGUGGUCUUUCUCUUGAUGGGUGAAGAGAUAAUCGCAAACGACGAAAACGGCGCUAAGACGAAACCAAGCCCAAAGCUGACACUAUUGCCUCUGGUAUUUCUGAUUUUCUAUGAAGUCUCCGGUGGCCCUUUCGGUGUGGAGGAUUCUGUGAAAUCAGGUGGUGGUCCUCUCUUAGCCCUUUUAGGAUUCCUAAUUUUCCCUCUGAUUUGGAGCAUACCCGAAGCUCUCAUCACAGCAGAGCUCGCCACAAGCUUCCCAGAGAACGGCGGCUACGUGGUUUGGAUCUCUUCAGCGUUUGGUCCCUUUUGGGGGUUCCAAGAAGGGUUUUGGAAAUGGUUCAGCGGUGUUAUGGACAAUGCUCUUUACCCUGUGCUCUUCCUUGACUACCUGAAACAUUCCUUCCCUGUUUUGGAUCAUGUAGCUGCUCGUGUUCCUGCUCUAUUAGUCAUCACGUUCUCAUUGACGUAUUUGAACUAUAGAGGGUUGCACAUUGUUGGCUUCUCAGCUGUUCUGCUAGCGGUUUUCUCGCUGUGCCCUUUCGUUGUAAUGGCUUUGCUUGCGGUUCCUAGGAUCAGUCCUAAGCGUUGGUUGUUUGUUGAUUACCAAAAGGUUAAUUGGAGAGGCUACUUCAAUACCAUGUUUUGGAAUCUGAAUUACUGGGAUAAAGCUAGUACUCUUGCUGGAGAAGUUGAGUCCCCUGGGAAGACGUUUCCAAAGGCUUUGUUUGGAGCGGUUUUGUUGGUCAUGGGGUCGUAUUUGAUACCGCUCAUGGCAGGGACUGGAGCUUUAAACCCGUCUUCUUCAGGUGAGUGGAGUGAUGGGUAUUUUGCUGAGGUUGGAAUGCUUAUUGGAGGUGUUUGGCUCAAGGGAUGGAUACAAGCUGCUGCUGCAAUGUCAAAUCUUGGAUUGUUUGAAGCUGAGAUGAGUAGUGACGCAUUCCAGCUUCUCGGUAUGAGCGAGAUCGGAAUGCUUCCUGCGUUUUUCGCACAGAGGUCAAAGUAUGGGACACCAACAAUCAGUAUUCUUUGCUCUGCUACAGGAGUCAUAUUCUUGUCGUGGAUGAGCUUUCAAGAGAUCAUUGAGUUUCUGAAUUUCUUGUAUGCGUUGGGUAUGCUUCUGGAAUUCGCAGCCUUUGUCAAGCUAAGGAUCAAGAAGCCUGAUCUUAACCGACCUUAUCGAGUUCCUUUGAACACCUUUGGAGCUUUAUUGCUCUGCCUGCCUCCUUCUAUGCUUCUCAUUCUUGUGAUGCUUUUAGCCACCGCAAAGACGUUUUUAAUCAGUGGCUUCAUCAUCGCUCUCGGGUUCUGCUUGUACCCGUUCUUAGAGCUCGUUAAGGAGAAGCGAUGGGCGAGGUAUAUCCCGGAGGAAAGAAGAACAGUUUCAGGGGUUUCGUCAGAGUCACAGUUGGAUCAAGAACAUGCAGAUGAGUCUUCUGCUAGCCUCCUCCCAUGA